AUGAAACUUUCAGAACGCAUGGGAAACGUAAAAAUUGGUUUGAUCACAAGCUUAUCAGCUAUGACUACUCUUAGCUGUGUGCUUGUGACUGCUCUCAUGGCCAUGGAUUUGAAGACUUUUUUCAAUGAAUCUCUAGACGAGAUUAAUCAGUUCGAUAGUUACGCCGAAUUGGCUUGGGAUAACAUGAUAAAUGUUAAUUAUAAGAAAGAAACCUCUUUCGUUUUUCGCACAAAGAGAGAUUCGAAAUGUAAUUGCGCCAGUGCUCCAAGCAAUUGUCCAUCUGGUCCAAGAGGCUCACCCGGCUUACCAGGGGAACCUGGCAAUGACGGAAGACCUGGAGAGCCAGGCACUGAUGGUACACCUGCUUGCCAAGCUGCAUGUUCUCAACAACAUCCCGUUAUAGAAGGAUGCGUUCAGUGCCCUGCUGGGCCUCAAGGACCGUCUGGCGAUGACGGUGAACCAGGACCUCCAGGACCGGAUGGCGCAACUGGUCCCUCUGGGCCAUGUGGGAGACAAGGGCUUCACGGGCGAAGAGGAGUAUCUGGUGAUGAUGGACCACAAGGAGAACAAGGGUCACCCGGUUCACCAGGAUCACAAGGUCUCAGCGUUCUAAGAUGUAAAGGACCAGCACUCAAAGGAGCUCCAGGUCCUCCAGGGCCUCCUGGAUAUGACGGUAUGCCUGGAGAAGAUGGCAUUCCAGGGCUGCCUGGCCCAAUAGGAGAUAUAGGAGUAGAUGGAAAUGAUGGAGAUGAGGGAGAAGACGGUUUCGUGGGAAGUCCAGGAUUACCGGGGCCACCUGGAGACGACGCCGCAUAUUGUUCUUGCCCAGAUAGAACUCCUAACAUGUCAUGA